GCACAUUUAAAUUUGCACCGCACCGCUACAGACAAGAGGGAGAGCAUUUGUUGGCUUGAGGUAUGGGCUGAAGGGAGCCGGACAGACCCAUUGAAAUCCCAAUUGAAGUGGAGUAUAUCCUCAUAUAAAAUUACAAUCCGUAUCUCAUACGUAAAUCUAUGAACUCGGGAAUCCAUGAUUGAUCUUCGUCUGCUCGUGGGAUGAAAUGGAUAUCCUUCAGUGUCAUAAGACAAGUUCACCUGCAACAUAAUUAUCUCGAUUUUGCAAUGUCUUCAGCCAAAUCACAGUCUGACCAAAGUUCCUGUAAAGCAGCAAAAGAAUUUGACCAUUUCCCUCUCUGUGCUAAUCAGAUUUCAAAGUUACUUGGGGAGGGCCAAUUUGUUGAAUACUAUUUCCCUCAAGCUUAUGCAGGAACUAAUGAUCUCUUGCACUUUAAGGAAUAUGAUGUUUGUAUGACACGUUUACGAAAUAGUCCAGAUGGUGACAACUCAGAAAUGCCAUCUGAAAAAAGGGAGAUUGAGAGUUUCUGGGAUGUUGAUGAUCCGUUUAAAGAAUUGGAUCCCUAUGUCUGCCUUGCCUCCGACCAACCCAUUAAGUCCUUGGGCUCUCAUCCCAUUGGUGUUGAGAAGGCGGCACCAUGGUGGUGUGCAAUUGAUAGGGAGACUCAAUCUUCUUCUUCUUCUUCUUUGGAAUCAUCCAGCUAUAUAAAAAAUUGGGAUCUUCCGCAGUUUCAAUCCAAGUAUUUUGGUAGUGAAUUGCACGCUGGUCUACAUUGUGUCGAUAGCUCGGUUCAGAUAAAAGAGGCAACUAGCUGCAAUUCAGGACAUGUGCCAAUAGUAAGCAAAGUGAAAGCUCAAUUCCCAUCUGGUGUGCAUAUUCUCUCACCACAAGGUUUCAGACAACAAUUGAGUGACAGGAACUUUGAAAUGGCAAACUUGCAAACACAAAGUGGAGGAGGGUCUGGAGAACUCAGCAAAGCUCAGCUGUUUGAAGCACUCUGCCAUUCCCAAACCCGUGCAAGGGAGGCUGAGAGAAUGGCACAACAAGCUUGUGAUGAGAAACAGCAUGUCAUUGAUUUGUUUUUCAAACAGGCUUCCUACCUCUUUGCUUAUCGUCAGUGGCACCAAAUCCUUCAGCUGGAGAUCUUAUGCCUCCAAUUAAGGAAUAAAGACCAAAGCAAGUCUUCUCACAUUCAAGGUCCCUUACCAUUUGGUCAAUUCAAAGGCAGACGAUUGAAAAAAUGUCAAGGUAACCGUAGACCUGCGAGGAAGAAGCAGGGUAUCUCAAGAAUCACAUUGAGCAAGUGUGCUCUUGUUUUUGCUGUUGGUUUAAGCCUUGCUGGCGCGGGUCUCUUUAUAGGAUGGACCUUGGGCUGGCUUUUCCCAGCGUUCUAAUUCACCAUGGACUUCACCUCUGCACUAUUUGUAAGCACAGUAGAUAAUACAAAAUGUCUUUUUCAAAAUUGUGUUGUCAUUUUGACUGUUUUGUGUUUGGUCUUGCUUUAAAUCUCUUGUCACUGUAGAUAGUACCCUGUAAAUAUCAUGUUGGUCUUUAGCUGGUGUUGUAAAGUCUUCCUCAUUCAGAUAAUCAGAUGUAAAUAUGUAUUGCUGUGUCUGCAUUUGUGCCUGUGUAUAAUAUGGCUUCAAAUGCACAACGUUAGUUCAUGCAAAGUAUACAGGGAAAUACGUUGUUAACUAAUGUUUGUAGUUUGUGAAUUGUGAAAUUGUGCCUUUGUAUAGUAUUGUGCCUUUUAUAGUAUUAUCACUUGUGAUUGUAAAACAAUUCAAG